AUGUCUAAUAUGAUGCUUCAAAAACACGGUGCUGAUGGGGAUGCGGAAGAUGCCCCAUCUUCAAAGCGCAUGCGCAAAGGGACCAAAAGCUGUGCGGAAUGCCGUCGCCGGAAGAUCAAAUGCAACUACGACGUCAAGCCUGACAUCUGCGACAAUUGCGCCGAAAAAGGCCUAGAGUGUAUCGAGCAGGCGAAUCGCCCAGCUUCGCCAAAAGCCCCCAAGAGCCAGAACACCCAGCAUUUGCAGGGCAGACUGAAUCAACUAGAAGGGUUGGUCAAGACUUUGCUUGUCAAACUUGAUGACAAAGGGACGUCGAAAGGAGAUAUUCCAAACGAGUUCAAGGACAUCAACAUCGUGGAGGAACAGCUGCGGCCAGACCUUCUCCCAGCAACGCCAGUAUCUCUGCCAGAUCAGACCAGCCACGUGAAGACCAACAGUGUCACCCAAAACCUUGGCAACAAACCUGACUUAGGUCCCAAUCCCUAUCUCAGCCUCUUUCAGAAUGACUUUGUCGAGGCACAGGGCGACUGGGUCGAACCAGCCACCACUGCCAUUGCUCAAGACGUGCCUGGCGGUGAAAUCUCUUUCGACCCUUCUCGGAUACAGCGCUUGAAACAGCAGCUCAUCGCUUACUUUCCAUCCCAACAUGCUAUUAGAAUCCUAACAAGGGAUUUUGGCCAAUGGUUUAUAGACUGGACCAACAAUUUACCUGACAUCUUUGACGCAAAGUUCCAGACUCUAGAUGAUGUCGUCCAGGACGCCUUGAUCCGAGGCUCACCAGUUGCCCUUGCACAGAGCCUCCUCGCCCUUGCCAUGUGUAUGCAGCAGAUACCGACUAGCUAUGAUGCAACGCCCCUACAGUUUGCCGCUGCUCCCUACGAGCUGGCAGACAUCUUUGCAAGAGAAGUCUAUCGUCUUGUCCUCGGCGACGACGAUUUAGCCGGCACUUUCGAAGGAAUAGUAUGCUUGAUUGUUUACAGCAAAUUCUGCACAGUGGCAGGACGACCUCGAAGAUCCUGGCUGGCUCAUCGCAGAGCCGUUACGUUCGCUCAGCUUCUCAACCUGCACCGUCGGCCUAAUAGAGCCGUCGACUCGCCUGGGUUUAACUCAAGCCGCAAGGAACAGACAUGGGCGAAUCUUUACAUCAUUGACCACAUUAUGUCGCUCGUCUUUGGACAGCCCUAUACCAUCUGCGCCUUUCAUUGCGAUAUAGACACGUCAGAGUACAGCAAUCUUGGAUUUGAGACGUCCUUCAUGGUUCGUCUUAGCCAGAUUUGUGGCCGAAUUAGCGACCGCAAUCACCACAUGAUGGAGUCAACCCCAAAUAAACUGCUAUCUGUGACCUUUGAAAUUGAUCAGGAACUUGAAGAGCUUGUACAGUCAUCGCCUCAGCUUUUCUCGAAUACAGAAGCCAAAGGACUUGCUGCACGACUCCUCCUGCGUUUCCUCUACUUCCAUAUCCGCGUCCUCCUUCACCUGCCCCUGAUGAUCAGAUCAGCAAGCGACACGCGCUUCCACCACGGCAAAGUAGCCGCCGUCGACGCCGCCCGCGAAAUGAUCCGCUGCUUCGCGGACCUCCGCUCCACCAAGAGCGGCGACACCGGCUGCAACAAAGUCGUCGACUUCGAAGCCUUCACAGCCGCCAUGCUCUUGAUCCUCAACAUUCUCGGCUACUCGCGCGACAUAACCCAAGGCCACGAAAGCGACUGGAACCUCGUUAAAGUCAUCAUCGACCUCCUCCGCUCCUCCGUCAACGGCACAGGCGGCAAAGUAUCCGAGCAAUGCCUUCGCACUCUCGAGCUCUUCUACGCCUGUCGAACAGGCGGCUGUGACGACAACGGGCAGCAGAACGGAAAAGUCGUCAUCCCCUUCUACGGCACGCUGAUCUUGGGGCCAAACAAGACUAGCAAGGCUGGUGCGGCUGCUAUGGCUGCUCGCAACACUGAGUCACAAAACAUGGGUGCUAGCCAGCUGCCAACACCAUCGAUGACGGAUUCGACGGCGACGUCGCCGAAUAUGACGACCCCGGAUCCGACACCCCUUACAGCGUUCCCCAAUGGACCAGGCGCAUUCUCCUUUGAUCUCAAUCAAGGGAUGUUCCCUUAUUCGACGAUGGGAAUGGGGCAACAGCAGCCGGCGAUGGAUGGGGAUGGGAUGGAUGGGUCGUGGAAUUUCAUGCCGCAAUACAAUACGGAUUUGGAUCAUGAUUGGAGCUGGUCUCUAGGAGGGGAGGCGCAGACCUGA